UUGCUAUGAGAAAGCUUGUUAGAAGAGUUGUAUUUGUUGUCAGAGAUGUCCAGCACUGUGUCUCCAACUGUCGCCUCCACCUCGAGCCUCUCGGCGGACCAGCGGACAGUCGUCGUGGGCGCAUUCUGCUGUCUGGUGUUUUUCUUCAUGAUCGUGGUGCUGCUGUUGAUCCUGUACCGGAAGGUUCCUCUCUGCUGCAAAAUGAGGGUUUAUCAGGAAUCUCGUACUGACAUGGAAGCUCCUCCUCAGUACUACCACAGCCGACAGACUCUAGUUGCUUCAUCUGAUUUUGAGCAAACACACGACACAGGUCAUGAUAACGUCAAUGCACAGUCGGGCUCUCUGUUCCUCAUCGGUGUGCCCAGCAGCUACUACCUGUCCUCACCGGAGCCUCCUCAUCCCCGUCUGCCCUCGUACGAGAGUGUGCGCAAGAAAGACCGACAACGGCAGAUCCACAUGAUGAUAGCCGACCGCUUCGGCCUCAGCGGACCUAUUGUGACAGAGCUGCCUCCCACAUACGAGGAAAGCAUUCGUCAGUCUGUCCAGUCCAUUGACAUCCUGUCACUCGAGGAGCGUCCGGUUACGGUCUGUGAGGCUGGGACAGAUUUACCUGCUUAUGAAGCUCUACCUCCCACCACAGACUCACAAGAUCCCAAUAACCCUGUUAAUUAAACGCACUCACGCAAAGGGAAGAAUGCAGUCCGUCCUCGGCGGAAAAUGAACAGCUGUUGAGCUAUCGACGCCCUGACAGCUGAUCGCUCACCCUGACAUUGGAGCAGACUUGUGUGUGUGUGUGGAUACGCUGUGCUUGCAAAAGACACGAACAUAUGAUAAGACUUGACCUAUGCAAUUGUUCCAUUAGCACAU